CGCGGAGGUGCUGGAGGACGGCAGCGACGCCCGCUUCGUGCAGGAGUGCGAGAUGCGCGCGCGCGAGCUCUCCGGGCCGAGAGCCCCGACAGGUUCACCGCCGGACAGCGACGACGGCGCCGAGGAGCCAGGAGGCCUCGACGACGGGGUCGCCGCCGACAGCCUGGCCCCAGCCCCGACGGCCGCGCGGGCGCUUUACGUGGAGCUGCCAGACCCUGACGAGGAGACUGCAGGCUCGCCGACCUCGCCCAGCGGCCACGUGCGCAUGGAGCUCGCGUCUGAGCGGCAGCUGCGGCUGAACCCGCGGGCCAUCUCGCGCGGGCUGUGCGCCUCCGUGCUCGCCUACGACGUGCUCGGGCUGGUCGUUUGCUUCCAGUGGGGCAUGAUCGUGGUCCGCACGUAU